GAGUUCGGGGCGCUGGAGGAGCCGCUGCUGCGCAAGGCGUCGCGCGGGAUCCUGAAGGGCCUGGACUACCUCCACACGCACAAUCCGCCCGUGGUGCACCGCGACCUCAAGGGGGCGAACGUGCUGGUGGACCUGAGCUUCUGCUGCAAGCUGGCGGACUUCGGCUGCUCGAAGAGGAGCACGCAGACGCAGUCCUUCACCAGCUGCGGCUCCGCACAGUGGUGCGCGCCCGAGGUGUUCAAGGACGAGCUGGGCUUCGGACGCAAGGCCGACAUCUGGAGCUUCGGCUGCGUCGUGCUGGAGAUGGCCACCGCGGCGGACCCGUGGGGCAAGGGCGUGUUCGACAACAUGAUGCAGGUCGUCCACGUGAUCUGCAUGUCGCAGCGCACGCCGCCCAUUCCGGAGGCCGUGCCGCCGGUGGGCAAGGAGCUCGCGGGCCGGUGCCUGAAGCGCAGCCCCGAG